UGACCCCUGAAAGUUAAAGCAAGGCCACCUCGGUUUAUAUAUGUUCAUUUUCUAAUUCUAGUUAAACUAUAAUUUGGCCAUCUCAAAAAAGGAGGGACAUGCUUCAAGAGUUUUUGCAGACAGUUUUGACCUUUGUCGACCCUUCUUCAAUUCCACAGUAGUAGAGGAGAGUACUAUCUAAUAAUGAACCGCCCCAACCCCAACCCCACCAACAACCCAAAGUAGUUAGUUACGAAUAAAUGGUAAGUUAAGAUAAACGUUGGGGUGUCACACUGGCAGUUAAUUUACAACAUUCUAGCUAGCUAGUAGUCAGCAAGUUGAUAUGGGUACCCUACCUCAUAUGUACAUAUAUAGAAGCUGCGAUGAAGAAAGAUAUAUAUCUUUUACAAUUUGCAUUGAUCUAGCUUAGAGAGGCAUGCAGCUAGGGGCAGACUUGUUAUAUAUACUUGAAAAAGAAUGAAGCUAUAUCUGAUAUUCACCCUCUUGGUUUUGUCAAGUCUCCUAACUAAUUAUAGAGCUCAAGCAAUAUUAAACAGAAAGCUUAUGACAAAAGAUGCAUCUUCUAGUACUACUUCCGCCGCCACCAUUUUGAAGGAUCAGAAAAAUGAUGAAAAACUUGACCACAAUACAGAAGUCAAAUCUGCUAGUAAUGGACUAGUAGGAAAGAAAGACGGCAGCAGUACUCCCAAUUAUUCGUCACACGGAGAUUCAAAACAUGGGAAGAAGGAGGUCGUCAUCAUCCCCGAACAGUAUCCAGAUGUCAUAGAGGACAUUGCCGGGAUGGACUAUUCACCUGCUAGGAAAAAGGCUCCAAUACACAACUGAUCGAUCAAUCUCAGACAAAAUUUCAGACUAGCUACAUACAUACAUACUCUCUAUAUAUAUGAUUUUAUAAAAAUUGGUUUUGCAAAGAAUAAUAUAUAUAAAGAAUGGGAUGACAUAUAAAGUACGUGAAAGAAGAACUACACUACUGCAGAAAUGAUUUCUAGUAAGAUUAAGGAGAUAUAUAUUUCAGUACAUAUAUAAUAUAGAUCUACAUAUAUAGUUGAGAUUGGUAGUUUAGUAAUUAAAUUUAUGAUUGUCACGUACAAUUCCGAUCCGGCCAUGCAAUAAUCAGGCUGGCCUUGCAAAUUAAACCUUCUGUAUAUAAAUAUACUACUACAAGUUGCAAUUUUGUUCGAA